AAUCUUUUAAAAAUAGACAGUUUGACUGGGCCCUUCUAAAAAUUGGGCCCUAGACAUUUGUCUCAUUUGUUUAUUCGAUGAUCCGGCCCUGUACAUAAACAACAUAUAUAUCUCAUUGACAAAGGUCAAAGAGAGAUUAUAAAACCAGGGUCUGUUAGGAGAAUCUUAUACCAUUAGCAUCAUGUCACUUGACAGUGACAUUUCUGAAUGUUUUGCAUCAGUUUGUUCCAGAUCUUGAAGAUUAGGGAAAAAUCUUAAGAUUUAUAGCCUCCUUCCAGUAUAAAGUUAAUCAGUUUAUUUUAACCCUAACCUUCAGUUCUGUGAAAACUCCAUCUUGACAAGAUGUACUUAAUCCACCUUCUCCAUUAAGAUGGCUCCUAUCAUUCUUGAUACCCAUAGUAAUGGCUGGGUGGGGACUAAAGAAACGAAGCAUCAAUAUUUCUGGUGCAUUUACUGGUGUAAUAGUAGCAUUUGUUUUAACUCUUAGCAGUUACUGUUUUUUGGCAAGUUUAUUAGCAUUUUUUGUACUGUCUUCAAAAGCAACUAAAUACAAAGCAGAGAAGAAAAAGAAAUUUGAUUCUGAAUAUAAAGAAGGUGGCCAGAGGAAUUGGGUACAAGUGAUAAGUAAUGGAGGUGUUGCAACAGAAUUUGCAGUUCUAUAUUUGAUAGAAAAUGGAAUUGGUGAAAUCCCUAUUGAUUUCCGUAAUAACUAUGGUGUGUCUUGUUUUGCAAUUGCUGUACUAGCUGCAAUUGCAGGAGCAAGUGGUGAUACUUGGGCAUCUGAGAUUGGUUCAGUUCUUUCACAAAAAGAUCCUAUUCUAAUCACAACUUUGAGGAGGGUUCCAAGAGGAACUAAUGGAGGAGUUUCAUUAAUUGGAUUUCUUGCAAGCAUUUUAGGAGGUGCCAUUGUUGGAAUUGCUUACUAUGUUUGUCUUCUGCUGUGCUUGAGUAGUAAAGUGUUGGCAGAGAGCUCACCACAAUGGCCUUUAAUUUUGACAGCUACAUUUUCAGGAUUCUUCAGUUCAUUAAUUGAUUCCAUUUUAGGAGCAACAGUUCAGUAUUCAGGAAUAAAUGUGAAAACAGGAAAAAUUGUUGAGAAGGCAGGACCGAAUGUAAAACACAUCAGUGGGAUUUCUUUACUUGACAAUCAUUCAGUUAAUUUAGUAUCUUCUAUAUUAACUGCACUUCUUGUUCCGAGACUGACUAUGCCUCUCUGGACAUAUUUUUAAAGAGUUCUGACUUUGCAUUUUGAGACAACGAAAUUCAAUCAUAUUGUUUUCAAUAUAUCAAAAGUGAUUGUUUAUAGUUUGAGAAUUAAUAAUUCCACCCAUCUCUACAAUUGUUCUGAAAAUAUAUUUUUGCUUACAUCUUUUAAGGUUGACUCGUGAUGCAUUUGCUGUCAUGAUUUUUUCAAUAUAAAUUAUUAAAUUCAUGUAAUUGUACUUUUAUACUGAAAUAUUUAAAUAUUAACAAUUUAAUUGUUGAAAUUAUU